AAAACAGCCUCGCUUCUUUCUUGAGCAUAUAUGCCAAAAAUACCUAAGAGUGACAUCUUCAAUCUCAAGUCGGGCCAAGUCGAGCCUACAGCCACCUUUGUUCGCUUUGAAGCUCGCAAAGCUUUUGUUCACAUUCUUCCCCAAGACGGAAUUAUCAAAAAUCACAAUCCACUACACAAUUCCCGGGAGAGUGACAUCUUUUUCG